AUGGAAGUGGGUAUGUCACUAAAUGCGCUGGUGAGGCUGCCAUUAUCGAGUUCGUCGAGAACUCAGGAAGAUGGAUUGGUGAAGCACUCGUUUUUCUCGCCCCAGAGAUGCAGGGAGAACCGACGUAGCAGUUCUUUGUUAGUAGUUGAAGCUAAGGGGAAGAGAGGUAUGGCGAAUCGCCAGUUUCAGCAGAGACCUCCUCCGUUGCCGAAGAUUGAAGAUGAUGGGAAUCCCAAGUUCGUCAUCUUCAUCCGCAUGGCCAAUGUUUACAUUUGGUACCCGCUUAGCCUAAUAACAGGAGGCACAACAGCUAAAAUCAUGGUUGCUGCCAAGGACAACUUUCUGGGCAAGUACAUCUACAAAGACACGCUUGCUCGAAACAUCGCGGCGGUUAUCUACCGAGAGAAUGGCAACGUAAGAGCUGGUCUUGCAACGAAUGAUGUUAUUGAGCUUCCGACCCCAGACAAACUCAAAACAGUGGUCGACAAAGUGAAAGACUUCUUUGGGGACGCGAAGGAAUCAUUCGGGAAGCUUACAACGCUAAACUCGACUGAAGGUGAGGAACCGCGACCAGAAGUUACAAAAGGAGAGGAGAAAGCAAAAAUUAAAGGCUGAAAAACAUAAGAGAGAAGUCAGCGCUGAAACUUUGGACAGUUUCUGAUCAGUAGUUCAUUGCUUCCUCGAGAUUUGGGAGAGGCUUUUAAGCAGGAGAUCUAUGGUGCCAUGGUGAGGUUAUCAGAUAAAACAUCAAGUCUUGCUGCAUGAUUUUGGCUAUUGCAUGUCUACCUUAUCAACCUGUCACACAUCAAGUCUAGCCUUCUUUUACACACGUAGCAUGGGAUGGCAUUGAAACAUUUUACUGAUCUUUCAGAAUCUCUGCAUGAACCUUAGUGUUUAACAUGAUUGUCCAAUACCGAAUUCGAAGGAUUCGCAAUCGAGCAUUUACCUAGCAUAACAUGACUUAUAUUAGGUUCUCGAAGAUGACACCCUUUCGGGAUACGUGACCUAAGUAUUGCUUUUUCCCCUGAACUCGUAUCCCUCCUUGGACAUUGGUACGAGAAUGAGCUUAGUCUUCUUCCUUGUAGCAAGCCCGAAAAUCUCCCCUAGAUCCACGUCCUCGCCCCUGAGGCCAUCGGGGAGCGCCCAAUCAAAGUGGUACAGCAGCCUUGCCAGCGCAAUCUCGACGGUAGCCAGCCCGAAAUGGAACCCCGGGCACCCUCUCCUCCCUCCACCAAAUGGCAAGAACCUAAACUCCUGAUCAUGGAAAUCGAUCCCACUCUCCAAAAACCUUUCGGGGUUGAACUCGAGCGGGUCCUUCCACAGCGUUGGAUCCCUGCUGAUCGCGUAGCUAUUGAUGAGAACUCGUGUCCUGGCCGGUAUCAUGUACCCAUCCAUAACACAGUCCUCCAUGGAUUCUCGAGGGACGAGAAGAGGGACGGGAGGGUGCAGUCGCAUUGCCUCUUUGAUCACGGAUUUCAUGUAGGUCAAGUGCUGCAGAUGGCUCUCAUCGACUCGGCUCUUCUUUCCUACAACGCUUCUGAUCUCUUGUGUAGCUUCGGCGAGGAUCGUUGGAUGCCUUGCUAGCUCUGUCAUUGUCCAUUCUAGCGUUGCAGAGGAUGUGUCUGUUCCGGCUACAAACAUGUCCUGGAUGAUAGUUGGAGUCAACGGCUCUCCUAGAGUUCCCUCAUCUGGGAUCCCGAGGGAAGAGGAUCCUGUUGCUCCUUGCGAACAACUCGAUGCACUAUCUC